UCUCGAGAGGGAUACCAGGGACAGGUUCAGAGUUGUAUGUCAUGGGAUAUAUCUGAAUGGCUGAAUUCAUUUAGGUUGUUUUGGUCUGUUUUCCUAUUUUUUUGGGCUCUUGGCAUUUCUGUGAUAGUACUUACGGUUGUGAUAAUGAAGUGGAUACUCGUAGUUGUAGCUGUCCUUGUUGUGGUGGUCAUAACAGAGUCCAAAUACUUCACUGCUCCUUUUAAACGCACCGAGUUGAUCUGUGACGACGAUCAGGCCAAGAAUGCUGAAUGGGCCUACAGCAACAGAAGUGGAAACUGCUACAGACUCUUCCACGAAGAGAAAAAUUUCGAAGAUGCGAAAGCGGCUUGUAAGACGAUAAUGGGCAGCCUUGCGGAGAUCAAACACGAGGAAGAACAGCUUUUUCUUGACGUUGUUCUGAAGAAUGAUUGGGUCGAUCAUUGGGUGUAUGGGACGAGAGUGGUGGGUCAAAACUACACAUGGGGAGAGACCAAGGACACAGUGACAUACUACAACUUUCUAGGAAAUAAGCAACCCGAUGAGCGCCCUAAAGAAACGUGCCUGGUCAUGACGAAAAAUUACGUUCCUGCUAAUAAUAUAGCGUACGCUAUAUUUGCUAAGUGGAACUCUGCUGACUGCAAUGCGAAAAAUUAUUAUAUUUGCCAAAAGACAGCAAAGCGAUGUCCCGAUCUGCCAAAGGCGGAGCACACAGUACCCAAGCCGCCCUUCCCAUACAUCGAACUGACAGUCAAAUACUCCUGCGCUCCUGGCUACGAGCUCCCUGACUACGCCGCCAGGUACAGAGACUGGCAGGCCAAGAUUGCAGCCUCGCCCAAUGACAGCAGCCUAGUGGAGCCAACGAUCAAAACGAAUCCGACUAUGGAAUACCUGUGCGAAUUCCCCGGUAAAUGGGCCACUGGCGGCAGCAUCGCUCCCUGCGAACCAAUCAGCUGUGUUGAGCCCCCAAAACGCCCACACACCACCUUGAAUUCAACCAACCGCGUUUACCCCUCCUACAUCGGCUACAAAUGCGACAAUGGAUACUUUUACGAGGAGUACAACACCACUGUCAUGACAGCUUGGUGCGGCCCCGACAAGCAAUGGAUAGACGUCCCCAAGGAGUGCGACACCGUAGAAUGUGGUGAAUUUCCAAUUGUCUUCAAUGCCAGUGCCAACGCGAAGCUGAACCACUUCAAGGAUACAGUGGUGUGGCAGUGUAACCAGGGUUUCAUGUUCCCCGAUGGCUCCGUCAGACAGUGGGUUGGAUGCCGUGAGAACUACGUCAACAAUCUCAUUGGGAGAUGGAACGUUAGCAAGCUGGAUGACUGCGAAAGGCUGUCGUGUCCUCCCCUGUCGUCCCCUGCCUUCACUAAGCGGGACAGUAACGACACUGCCUACGCCACUAUAGUGACGUACAGCUGUGUUUCCAAGGAUUACGAGUUUCCAGACGGAGAGCCUAUACAACUAAUCAAGUGCAGUGAGGAGGCUCAGUGGAAGCCAAAGGUUCCUGUAUGCACAAAGAAACCAUCCAAGCUGGAGACCAAGGGCAAGAAAUACGUUCCUGAGCCCAAAGAGGCCACUGCUGCAGAGAGCAUUGGAUACUCCGCUCUGAUUUUCGUGAUCAUUUUCCUCAUAUUAAUCUUUUUGCUAGACCUUACCACUAUCUGGAAGGACAUACGAAUGCUGAAGUAUAACUGUAGACACUUUAUGAAGCGGGUCAACUCUAAUAAGACGUCGAAACGUGCGGACCUGCAGCCCAUUCCCAAGGACUUGAAGGACCAGUGAUAAACACUUGAUAAUCCUUGCUUUGAUAUCAAUACUCUGAAAGUUCGUUAAAAAAACACGGGGGGAAUUGUUCCAAUGCGCAUUUUUGGGCAGGAACUUGCGCAUUCUCCCUUUCAGUUUGAGAGUAUAUAAAGAUACAUUUUGUGAACUGGUUCGAGAGUAAAAUAAUGUUAAACAUUCCUGCGAUUUAUUCGCAUAACGAUAAAACAUGUGUCAUAUGCAAUGUAUAGAAUUCGUUGGACAUGCAUCUGGGUGAUUUCGUCGGUCAAUAUCCCACCCCAACCGUUUUGCUGAGUUUUUUAAUGUCCCCUAGGCCUACUUCUGAAAAUAAGAUUAAGAAAAAGAAGGUUUUGCCAAAAUGGGGUUAAAAAAACGGGAUAAAGUCAUUUGGGUUUGUACAUCCACCCUACUGCCAGGUGCCACCCUAUUGACUAAUUAUCUAAGGUGGCUGCAUUGCAAAAAUGCAACGAUUCCUUGAGCGACUUUCUGCAGAUUACCUCAGUCUCUACUAUUUAACGUCAUGUUAUGCAGUCGAUUGAAAACGAUGCUCCGUUUAUUAGCGCGAGGCCAAAUUUAUCAUAUUUUGUGAGAGGUGAUAGAAGAUGAGUUAUUUUCACGAGUAUUCCUACCUGUUUUCAUAAUGCAAUGAAACAGUGUGUCUUUAAUACCUGCAAUGCCAAUUAAACAAGGAAGUGACUAUUUGGCAAGCCCGGCUUGCCAAACAGCGACUUUUUCUUGUCCUGAAUGGAGAGCCGAACUCAUUAAUAUUAAAGUAAAGUCUCCAGCUCGCCAAACAGGGUAGAUUUUUUACCUGUUCGGCAAGCCCGGCUGGCCGAACAGUGUGGCUUUUUAGUGCUGUUUGGCAAGCGGCUCUCCAAACAGGACAAAAAAGAUGCCUGUUCGGCGAGCCGCUUGCCAAAUAGACCCGGCCAUUAAACAAUGAUAGCAAACAAUCAACUUUGAUGACGUCAACAAUAAAUUUUCUUCUCGUGAUUUUGUUCUCGUGUCAACGUCUGGAUCUCUAUAUUGUCCUAUCUAAUUACGCCAGGUUCAUACCACACAAAGCUUCACACCAGCCAUCUUGACACAAAAGUUGUGGAUCCACCCCGCCGACCCAGACUCCGUUACGUAUGAUCGAGGGGCACGGACGGAGUACUUCUGGUAGUUCCGAUCAGAAUGGACACCACCUUGCCUUGAUGUGUGUAGUGGUGUAGCGUUAAACAAUUUUCCCAAGAACAGAAUGACAAGUUCGUUCACUGUCAUAUUAUAGGCGAACCUGGCAUACAUAACUAAGUAAGGGCAGAUUGCUAGCUACUUCUUUACAAGUAGGCGAAAUGAAUUCGGCCAAUAUUCUAGUAAGAAUAGUUUGUGUGCAUACGUGACAGUAAAUACACUUAGCAGAGUCUUUUGUUUUGAGCACCACCUACAGUACAUGCGCAUGCCAACAACAUUCUCAGUUAUGAAGACAGCAAGCGGAAAACAUUCUCAGUCACAUGAACACAACCGACAGAUAUUCGUGGCAACGAAGCCUUCAUUUUAUUUUUCCCACACAUAUUUUUAUCCUUAGCCUUUUUUACAAUUUCAGCUGGUAUGGGGCAGCCUAACUGCAUAACACACACUGAUUCAUGACUAACUAAUUGUGUGUUUUUUUCUUAACCCGCAAUUAAGGCAAUAUAAAGCAGUUCCAAAAGUCAUACUGCUAUUCCACGAUGUCGUGUUUCGUACACAUUCAGCAUGGACUCUACACACCAAACUUACACUUGUCAGGAAUUGUCCGUACUCCAAUGACAUAAUACACUGAACAUGUAUUUAUAUUUCUUCAGCAUGGGAUGGUUUCACACAAACUGUUUACACAUCAUGCUACCAAGGAUCUGCAUCUUAUCAAGAUACACCGGCUAUGUUUUGAAGAGAGUCUUAUACCACGAAGUUCAGGAUGCUGUUUAUUAGGGGGCACAUCAUAUACAUACAUUAUAUAUACAUGUUUAACCGACUUCUUUCAUUUUCACAUUAGACAUGUUAGACAUUCAACUUUACAUUGUCAUCAUGACAUUGUUAAUCAAGUAAAAAUAAAUAUCCUCACACCCAUGUCAUACUCUUACAGAAAAUGAAGCGAAACUCCCAACAAAGGGUAGGAAAUACCUACCGCCAGCUAAGGAGUCUCCCAGUGCGGAAUCAAUAGGCGUUUCGUCCAUGCU